AUGCAGGAGCAUUGGCACCACGGUGAGUCAGGUCUUCCCCCACGUGACUCUUGGGGCAAUUCCAUUUUUAUACACAAACAAGCAUGCAACCCGGAUGAUGCCCGAGAUGUAUGUUCAGCCCACGCCGAUGAAGAGAAACUAAGGGACAAUGUUCGGAUCCCGGUCCCUAGGCCCGGCAAAUCCCGCCCAGGACCUCCAGCGGCAGAAGUGCUUGUUCGGGCGCGCCGGGACCCAGCGGGACCAGGGAGCGGUCCCCUUGCCGCGGUCACCCCCGGGGGCGCCCUGCCCGGAGGACUCUGCUCGCCCGUGGACGCGGCCAGGCGGUCCCAUGAGGGGGACUCUUUUGGUAACCAAGUCACUCGGCUUGGGUCGCGGGGCCAACGCAGUGACUGUGCGCGGGAACCCGGCAGUCGGGGAGGGGGCGAGGGGUCGGCCGGGGGUCGCGGGUUCGGCUCCUGGCGGCGGCGCGACUGCCAGCUGCGCGGGGCAGUUGCUGCCAGGGAGGAGCGGCGGCGGAGGCAGGGCGGGGCGGGCGCCGCCUGCGGAGAGCACGGGGAGGUCGGGCCUGGGGCCGCACACGCCGGCGGCGGGGCUGCGGCUCAGAUUUCUCCGUGGACAAUGGCAGCCACGAUUCAGGCCAUGGAGAGGAAGAUUGAAUCGCAGGCUGCUCGCCUGCUUUCCUUAGAAGGUCAAACCGGGAUGGCUGAGAAGAAGCUGGCCAACAGCGAGAAAACAGCUGUGGAGUUCGGGAACCAGCAGGGCAAGGCCGUGUGGGAGUAGGAGCUGCUGCAGAGGCAGCUGGAGCCCAGCAGGAACUUCUGGAUCCUGCGACUGCCCUCGGGCAGCAAGGGGGAGACCCCCAAGGUGCCCGUGACCUUUGAUGAUGUGGCCGUGUAUUUCUCCGAGCAGGAGUGGGGCAAGCUGGAGGACUGGCAGAAGGAGCUCUACAAGCAUGUGAUGAGGGGCAACUACGAGACGCUGGUCUCCCUGGACUACGCCAUCUCCAAGCCUGAGGUCCUCUCCCAGAUUGAACAAGGAAAGGAGCCCUGCAGCUGGCGCCGCCCCGGCCCCAAGAUUCCAGAUGUUCCUGUGGACCCCAGUCCAGGUAAGGGCUGGGAGAAGGCCAGGGAGGCAUCAGGUGAUCUGCGGGAGACAGACGGAAAGGCCAGGAACGGUGCGAUCUUUCCAGAGAGGGCUGAGGAAACACAUCAAACCUACUUGUUUUUAGUCUGAGUUUUUUUAUAGUGGAGUUUUAACCUCUGACUUACUCAGCUAAUGCUCCAGAAACGAACACUUUCUAUCAGGGAAACAGGUGGCAAACCUACUCUUUUAGGAAGAGACAAAGCCAGGGCACAGAUGAUGGGAGGGAGAGGAGGACACUGAGAGGGAAGGCAGGAGAAUAGUUGACUUGAACAACACGGGCCAGGGGCGACAGACCCCAAUUGCACACAGCCCAAGGUCUAUGUCUAACUUUUGACUCACCAGAAAGUUAACUGCUAAUAGUCUCCUGUUGACCAGAAGCCUUAAUGAUACUAUGUAUAGUCAAUAACACAUAUUUUAUAUGUCCUAGUUACUAUGUAUUGUAUACUUUAAAUAAGCUACAGAAAAAUUAUUAGGAAAAUAAGGAAAAGGAAAUAUAUUUACUACUCAUUAAGUGGAGGUGGGUCAUGAUAACGUCAUCAUCCUCAGCGUCAUCUUCAGACUGAGUAGGCUGAGGAGGGAGAGGAGGGGUUGUUCUUGCUGUCUCAGGGGUGGCAGAGGAGAAGGAAAUUCACUUAUCAGUGGGCCUGCAUAGUUCAAAACCAUGUUUUUCAAGGGUCAGCUGUGUAUUGAAACCAAGAUUAAUUCAAAGCUUUGCAGAGAGUCAGCCUUGCCUGUGAGAACCAAUCUUAAUUAAUUGAUGAAUUAAUGUAUUUAUUUUUAUUUGAGAUGAAGUCUCCCUCUGUCACCCAGGCUGGAGUGCAGUGGUGCU